CAAAGCAGCCGUGGCGGCGGCCAGCCCAGCUCAGCCCUCCCCUUCCUUGUCCUCCUCCUCUUCCUCAGGCUGCCCAGCAGCGCCGCUGUUAUGGCAACCAGCCCGCCUCGCCGGAGGAGCCGAUGAUGGAGCAGCGGCCAUGGCCCGAGCGGCGGCAGGAGCAGCAGCGGCGGCGGCGGGAACCGAGGGCGGCAGCGGGAGCGGCGCUCGGGCCGCGGUGGCGGCGUCCGAGGAGCGGCCGUCGGGGGAGCCGGCGGAGCUGUCCCUGGAGGAGGUGCUGAAGUCUUACGAGCAGCCCAUCAACGAGGAGCAGGCCUGGGCCGUGUGCUUCCAGUGCUGCCGCGGGCUGCUGCAGCCCGGCCCCGUCGAGGAAGGCGCACCCGAGCAGGAGGCGCGCCGCUGGGGGCCCGCUGGGCGCAUCCGCGACACCGCCGACAUCCGCCUGCACCGGGACGGCGCCGUGUCCGCCUGCGGCGAGUUCGGCGUGAGCGAACUCCCAUUGACCUUGACGCCCUCUGCUGAAGCACAGAUGGUGCAAUCGCUUGGCUUUGCGAUCUACCGAGCGCUGGACUGGGGUCUGGAUGAGAAUGAGGAACGAGAGCUCAGCCCUGAACUGGAGCGACUUAUUGACUUGAUGGCCAACAGCGAUUCAGAGGACAGUGGCUGUGCCACGGCAGACGAAGGCUAUGGCGGGCAGGAGGAGGAAGAGGAGGCCGUGGCAGAGGGCACCCUGAGGGCCGUGUCCACCUUCAGCCAAGCCAUGCGGCUAUGUGCUAUGCGCCUCACCCAGCCCCAGGAAGCUGAGGCCCACUACCAGGCUGUCUGCAGAGCCCUCUUCCUGGAGACGGUUGAACUGAAGGCUUUUCUGGCCAAGAUUCGUGAUGCCAAGGAGAUGCUGACGAAGCUGAAGGAUGAGGACGAGAAGCUGAAGGACCGAUCAGCUGCAGAUCUAGACAACCUGAAGAACACAGACUGGGCUCGGCUGUGGGUCCAGCUAAUGAGGGAGCUCCGCAAUGGAGUCAAGCUCAAGAAGGUCCAGGAGAAGCAGUUCAACCCCUUGCCCACUGAGUACCAGCUGACGCCCUUCGAGAUGCUGAUGCAGGACAUCCGGGCCCGCAACUAUAAGCUCCGCAAGGUCAUGGUGGACGGCGACAUUCCUCCCAAGGUGAAGAAGGAUGCGAAUGAGCUUAUCCUUGACUUCAUAAGAUCUCGGCCACCCCUGAGACAGGCUUCGGAACGGAGGCUGCGCCCCAUUCCUCAGAAACAGAGGACGCUCCAUGAGAAAAUCCUGGAGGAGAUCAAGCAGGAAAGGAAGCUCCGACCUGUGGCAUCACGGCACCAGAAUCAGAAAGGGUUUGGGUCCCUCCCCUGCAUCCUGGAUGCCUGCUCCAGCAAUGUGACCUCAACUUCCUGCAUCAACCUCUCAGAUGUCUCUGACGCCAAUGCCCUGCCCCAGCGCCAGAGGCCUAGGGUCUUGCUAAAGGCUCCCACGUUGGCAGAGAUGGAGGAGAUGUUGACCUCGGAGGAGGAAGACUCUCCAAGCUCUGAGGCUGUACAGGAACCAGGUCCACUGAUGCCCCUGAAGCGUGACCGCUCCUUCUCAGAGCGAGACUUGGCCCAGUUUCAGAGCGAAAGCUGCGAUGGCCAGCCUGACUCAGAGUAUUUGGGACCUAGUGGGUCUGAACCGAGACCCCGCUCAGGUACCGAGAGCCCUGCAUGGACCGGCAUGGAAAAUACGGGUUCGGUUCCAGCCAGCUACCAGCAGGCUCCCUGUGGUGCCAGUCCUUUCCCCCCCAAGCAUGGCGUCCUCAGCUCCGUGGACGAGAAGUCGGAGGCUGGUUCCAGUACUGCCCCAGAUGUCAACUUGAAAUAUUUGUGGCUGCAGGAGUUCAGCCACCCUGUGGAGAGCCUGGCACUCACUGUGGAGGAGAUGAUCAAUGUGCGGCGGGUGUUGGUGAAAGCAGAGAUGGAGAAGUUCUUGCAGAGCAAGGAGCUGUACAGCAGCCUGAAGAAAGGGAAGAUCUGCUGCUGCUGUAAAACCAAGUUUGCUCUGUUUUCCUGGCCCCCGACUUGCCUGUUCUGCAAGAGGUCUGUCUGCAGCUCCUGUAGUCUAAAGAUCAAGAUGCCUUCAAAGAAGCUUGCCCAUAUCCCUGUCUAUGCCCUGGGCUUUGAGACCCUGCCAGGCUCAUUGGGUACAAAGGCACCUCCAUUCCGGAGGAGGGAGGCUUUCCACUCCUUGCAGGGCACGCGCUGGCGCAGCGUGGAGGAGGAAUUCCCAUACAUCUAUGCGCAUGGCUCUGUGCUCAAGGAUGUUUGCAGCGACUGUUCCGGGUUCGUCACGGAUGUCGUCAGCUCCAGCCGCAAGAGCAUGGACAUCCUGAACACCACCCCGUGCAGGAGCCGCAAGACCCAGUCCCUUUACAUCCCUUCCAUUUAAAUGACCCACCUCUGCUGCUGGUCUCCUCCACAACCCCCCUGCCCUCUGCACCCAACCUUCAUUCUUUGAUCCUCUGUAUUCCCCAGCCCCCAGCAAGGAGGAUGCAGGUGCUCUCAGGCCAAGGAAUCUUCAGCUGGCUUUGUCUGGACUUGUUGCCUCCUGGCUUCCUUGCUUCUCUGUCCAGCCCAUCUCCUCCUUUCCCUCCAUCCCAGCCUCCCAUGAACAUCCCCUGCCUGGCCUGCGUGCGUGUGUACAUAUAUACAUAACCUUAUAGAGACACUAUAUUUAUAUCUGUCGAUCAGCUGCUGUGGUCCAUGGGCUACGUUCGGUCUGGGAAGGCCCCUGCUUGGCAAAUGAGGACUUUGCUGAAGUCUUCCCACCCACCCACCCACCUUUUUUGGAUUGUAAGAAAGACUGAUUUGGGGCAGGAUAAUUCCAGUGUUUGGAAGCCUGGCCAUCUCCGUUGCUGAAAAUGCGACCUAGAAAUCCCAGAGGCAGCCACCCCAGAGGAUGACCUUGUUCCCUUGAGGGCUCUGCCCUCUCAGUUAUACUAGCAAGAGAAGCUCUCUCUGAGAUGUCUUACCUGUGCAGCUUCUAGUCUUAUGGGAAGCAGGCCCAUCGUGCCAUGACCUGUCUGCUGCUUUCCAAUAUCUUCCUCCAAGCUGUUUCUUUCCCCGCCUCCCCUUCUCAGUGAUGUCUUGAUUAUCUGCUCCCUCCCAGCACCAAGCAGCAGGAGGUGCUUUUAAAAAUGUGUUCAGACGAUCAUUGUCUGUUUUCUAAUCCUUGUUUUCUUUGGGCUCUUUGGGUUUAGGAGGCAGGGGGUAUUUUGUCCCCCAUGACUUAAUGUGUCUCUCCCCCGAUCCCCCUUCCAUGAAUUAAUGUGUUUUGUUUUCUACAGCAAAUAAUAAAAUGCCUAAUUUUUGUAAUCAUUUAGACAAAGGCUGAACACUUCCCACACAGUGGGUUUUGUGUGGCUGCCAGGACUACAGUUGGGGGGGUGGUGGUGUUGCAUGGCUGCUAGGGAUGAGCCAGGCACCGACAAUAGUAUCAGCUGUGUGUGGCAGGAUCCUGCUGCCAAUGUCUCCUCGUGCAGAACAGGACUCUGGCUCUCCAAAGGCUGAUAAGAUGAGCAGUCUAUUUCCACAUGUCCCGUUCCCCCACUCCAUUCAGGAUUGCCUUGAAAAUAGAAAACAGAGGUGGACAAAGGAGCUCUCCCUGUGAGGACAGAAUGAAAGCCCAUGCCAGGCCUAGGCUAGUCUUGCUGCUGCCCUUAAGAGAAUUUGGAGAGAGGAGAUUGGGAUAUGCAGGGCUGCCCCCGAGUCUUUCAACCACCUUCCCUGUCAAGCCUGCUGCCGUGGUGGCCAGCACAUGUAAAUUGGCCAUGGCAUCCUGAGCUCAUCUUCCCUUGAUAGCUAAUUUCCAAACCCUGGAAACACCCCAAAAACAGAGGCUGUAGAUGCAAAAUCCACAUCCCUAAUAUGCCAAAUUAGCUUAUCAGCACUAUACAUUUAAAGCACUAUGAUACUACUUGAAAUAGUAUUGGCUUCCCCCAAGGAAUCCUGGAGCAUGUAGUUUGUUAAGUGUACUUAGAGUUCUGAAGAGACUCCUAUUCCCCUCACAGAGCCACAAUUCCCAGCAUUGUUUAACAAUCCUUUGCAGGGAAUUAUGGGAACUGUAGCUGGGGGAAUACAGGUCGUCUUAUACCUCUCAGCACCCUUGACAAGCUACACUUCUCAGGGUCCUUUAGGAGAAGCCAUAAUUAUUUAAAGCGGUAUGAUGCUGUUUCAUAUGUAUAGUGCAGAUGGGGCCUGAGACUAUCGAGUGCGGCUAGCGGAAUGGGGAGUGGAUCAAUUUAUCUUUGACAGGUGGAUAGAAAAGGGUCUUGCUUCUCCUACCCUUUUGUCUUUUCCCUGGAUUGGUUUUAUUCAACCUGGAAAGCAGCACUUCUGCCGUCUCUGGUCUGCUCUUAUUUCUGCCAGGGAUGAUGACAGAUCUGCCUUUGAAUGUUCAACAGUGUGAGACCAGGCUGGGAUGAGCUAAAUUCCUCUCUAGCAAUGGCCGCUACACCAGUCCACCAGUGAACCAUUCGGUCUUCCGAGUGCAUGCAGCAAAGACAUCUAAGACCCUGUGGCUCUCUGAGGAUGCAAUUUAUUAUGGUAUAAGCCAGAGGCAGACAACAUGGUGUCCUCUGGGAGUGGUAGACCACAACUCCCAUCAGCCCUAUCCAGCAUGGCUAAUGGACAGGAAUGAUGAGAACUGUGAAAGGCACCCCAACUUAAGCUUUCAUGGACUAGUGGACCACUGCAUCUGACAAAGUGGAUUUCUAGUCCCCAAAAGCUGAUGCCAUAAUGAAUGAAGUCUUUAAAGUGCCACAGGACACAUAUAGAGAGCCUUGUAGCUCUGGGCUUUAUCCUGUGGCAUGGGCCAUGGGCUGCAAGGUGCCAGCCUGGUGUUGCCCAUUUGUCCUGUUGAGAAAGUGGGCUUCAGCACUGCCACUUGGGUUUGGCAAGAGCCUCUGGGGCUCCAUUCCUGCAUGUUGCCUACCCACAGUGGCUCUGCUGCACAGGAUCUCAAUCGGCCACUUAAAACAACCUUGGACCACUUCUGUGGCUCAGAACUAGCACCACCUCCUGCCAAGCCUGCACACAGUCUCAAAAGCUACACACACAUACACACACACACUCUCUCUCUCCUUCCUCUUCCUGCCCCAGGGCUUCCUAAAAUGCCCCUAGUUUUGUGUAUAGCACCAUAGAGCUCCACAUUUUGUAUUUUGCCAAUACUUGGAAACGCCAAAUAUACAGUUCAUGCAGUCGGUGCUUUAUAGUGGAACAGACCAUGUACCUGCAGGUGCACAGCUGGAUGUGCAAAUACCUACUUGUACAACCAGUCAGUUAUGGGGUAAGAAUUAAGUGCUUGUCAAUUUGCACAUGAUGCAAGUGGAAAAAGCAAGGACUGAGUUACACAGGGGGUUGAGAGAGGAUGUUGUAGAAACAAAUCAGGUGGGGUGUUAUGAGGGUUAAAGAGGCAGCCAGAUGUUUGCAGGUGAGCGCUCAAGCCAGUUUUUCCUCGGUGCUGAGAAAGGAAGGUAAUCCAGCUAUAGGAACCACUAGUGCUUUUCACUGCCACUGCUACUUCUAUUGCUGUUUGUGCCAAUCUGCUUGCUUGGCGUCUUGCCUUGGCUGCAUUGUGCUGGCUGCUGCCUCUGGAGUUCAACAUGCCUUAUCACCCUGCUCACCUUCUUUGCAAUAAUUCAUUGCACUCUGUGUCAAAAGGGGUGUGUGUGCUCCCUCCUUUUUCUUGUAUAUCCUGCCUGCACUUACUCUCCCCCUCAACUAAUGUUUUAUACGAAGCCUGUACUGUAAAGAGUUGUAAAUAAAAUGUAAAGUGAAACUGAUCUGGUGGUGUGGCCUUGCUAAUAAACACCUCUGGGCAGUGAGAGGUUUCAGAUUCAUCCAGCCCUAGUGGUGACUGAUGGUGCUUUCCGUGAUAUAUAUAUUUGCACAUAUAUAAGGGGUUGAGUGGGAGCAUUAAGACUCCAAGAAAUCCUGUUCCCCAAUACCAUAACUUUGGAUUCUCAGUGAGCAAGUCAGGCCUCUACACCUCUUCCCAGCUCCAGACCCAAGACUGCCAGAUUUUGUUGUUCUCUUUCACACCUUCAUGAUGUCAGAGGCUGAGAUCUCCUACCUGAGUGACAGCUUUUUCUCUAGAAACUGAGAAGUGGCUUUCAGGUGUGCAUAUAUAUGCCACAAUGUCUGGAUUAAUAAUCCAAACAGAUAAUUUCUAUUCUCUUAGUCCUAAAUAUUUUUAUUGCCAUUUUCCUUUUUACAGUGUCUCCCAAUUACAAGGAGUGUGAUACCAAAAAUCUGUAAUAGCAUUUUGACAAAAUAGAAAUCACUGUUAGGCACUGUUACUUCAUUUAGAAUUUACUGCACUCUCUAGCUCAGAAAAAAACGAGCAACAGCAACAACAACUGAAUAUACAAGACCACUGUGGUAUUUAUACAUGUUGCUACAUUUCCCAAGCUUUAAUGGGCAGUUUCUUUGGAAAGCCAACUAAAUAAAUAAAAGGCCAAAUGAAAGUGUAUAGUCUAGUUUUGUUUGACUUUGCCUGCGUUUCAGUUGAUGAGUACAGUAAUCUUUUCCACAGUGGCAGUUCUAACCAUAUUAAAGCAAGCAGUCAAAGGCCCAGAUAAAAGAGAACGAUGCUCCUUUCUUCUUCUCAAUCUCAAUAUCCACCCCAACUUGGGUGGCUUUAUACGAGGAUUAGGCAAAUUCAUGGAGGGCGCGG